AUGCUCCAAGGCAGCGGGUUGCCCCUACUACAAAGGUUUGCCACGAUGGUUGCUACAUGCCGCGCCACCCACUCCGCUUGCCUCGCGCAUUUCAUUUGCAACACAGCGGGGCAGAGUCCAAGCAUUGCACAUCUGACCAACUUCGAUCUUCGUCUGCAGGCCGCACCCACCGAAAUCAAAUUUACCAUGGAGGACAUGAUCAAGGAUGCAAUCAAGAACGACAAGGAAAACCUCCGGGGUGGCGUCAGUCGACCAGCCAUCAAGAAAUAUCUCGCUUUCCGCUUCAAGGUUCUUGACACCCCGGCCAACAUUACUCGUCUGAACAAAGCCAUUGCUCAAGGGGCCGAGAAAGGUGUUUUCGCUCUGCCCAAGGGCGCCAGCGGCAAGGUCAAACUAGCCAAACCCGUCAAACCCGUCUCGGAAGUCAAAGAGCCCAAACCAGCCCCCAAAGCCGCCAAGCCUGCCAGCAAGCCCGUCGCUAAGAAGCCCGCCACCGAGAAAUUAAAGGCCCCAGCCGCUGCCAAGAAGGUAACCAAGAAGGUCCCCACCGCCCCCACAAAGAAAGUCGCCGCCGCUAAGGCAAGGGUGCCAGCGGCAAGGUCAAACUAG